AUGUUGGACGCUCGUCAAACCGUCGUCAACGCCAACGACUUGCCUCCCGGUUGGGUCAUCCAGAAUGGUCGUGCUAUUCCGUGGUGGUACAGCAGGACAGGCGUUAUCGUCAAGUGGUCCGUCUUCCUAGGCCUCACAACGCUCUUUGCCGCGUUCCUCAUCAUCGGCUACAUGCACGGCAAGAGGCGACUCAAGAAGGGUCUCCUCCCUCUCGGCUACCACCGCUGGCUAUUCAGCAGAGCCCAGCUCGCCCGCGUCGACAGCCGCUACGCCUGGCCGCAGGCGACGUACAACAACUACCGCCCCGAGUACUACCAGCAGCAGCAGGGCUACUACGGGAUGCAGGGCAUGCCGCCCCCGACGUACGACCCCAACGCCGCGAGGCCGCCCAUGUACGCUCCCCCCGACGGAGGCUCCAAGGUCGACCCGUCGCAGGAGUAUGGCAUCACCCCGCCCCCGGGCCCGCCUCCCCCGCCCGCCGCCAUGCCGGCCAACCACACUGGCCAGUCGUAUCCUUACAGGGCGCAGUGA